AUGUCCCGACCAUCAACCCAGCCGACCAGGGAGCCAUCAAGUACCGCCGCCCUCCCUCCUCCAGCCAUGACGGAGACUCAGAAGCUCCCCAAUUUUCCCUUGCCUCUGGAUUCUUACCGUCGAGUCCCUCAGCCCAUCCACCUUCCGCCGCUGAGCAUCCCGUCGACAUCUGCACGACAUGACUACUACCAUGAGUCCUUGGCGAGGCAUUCCCUCCCUCCAAUACAGUCGGGAUAUCCGCCCAGAGGGCCUCCACGAUUGCCUCCAACUUCAGCGGCGGUACCCGCUGAGAAGUUGGUGACCUCGCACCCAUAUACACCCCCAAGAUCGGAUCCCCCAUACUCACCCCAAUAUUAUGGCCCGCCACUGUCUCCUCGUUCGGAGUACGAGAGCCGGCUGCAUCAGUCGCGAUUGGCGGAAAGAUACGACAGGUACCCAACGGACGACUCGCGGUCCAUGAGCCAAGACUCAUCAUUCGUAUCUUCAGCCGAUUCUACACAAAGGGGUCAAUAUGCUCCACUUCCGUCACCCAGCUACACUUCUGGCUACCCGCCCAGUAACGUGCCCUACAGAGGAUCGAGUGGCAUGCAGCACAGCUCUGGUGGUCCUGUUUUUGCUUCCUCGAACUACGGUGAGCCUGCAGCUGCCGGUCCGAGCAACAUGCUCGCUGCGCACGGGGCGUCGCAACAAGCCCAGCCGCGAGACAGCUCAGAACUUCACUACGAGCUUCGAGUUCGACAGCAGCCCAUAGCCGCACGCGCCUGUGGAUUCGGAGAGCGGGACCGCAGGGUGAUAGACCCACCUCCGAUUGUCCAGCUCGUUGCAACGGACCCGAGAACUGGCAGACUAGACAACGACGAGAUGCGGUACUCUUUGAACGUUGUACAUUGCACAUUGUGGAACGCGGAUGCCACGCAGGAGGAGACGGCGUUGGUUCAACCAGACCGACCUACUACGCGGAGAUUGAUGGGCCAACUGGUAGCAUCGCCGUCAGUCGCCAAAGACGAACAUGACGUGGAGGGCUGCUUCUUCUGCUUUCCAGAUCUGUCGUGCCGGACCCAUGGCAGAUACCGCCUGCGGUUCGUGCUCAUGCGGAUAGAUCCGCUGAAUCUGCAUGUCGGUGGCUUCACACCGAUUCUGGCAGAAGUCUUAAGCGAUGUUUUCACCGUCUACACGGCCAAGGACUUCCCAGGCAUGCGCUCGAGCAGCGCUCUGACGAGGGCGCUGAAGCUCCAAGGCUGCAACAUACAGGUUAAGAAAGGCAAUGAUAAGUCUUUCGUGAGGAAGCGCACGACUUCCGGGGAAGAAUAG